AUGCUCAGUGCAGCUCUGGCCCUGCUGAUUUUGACGGUGACAUUCUUGUUGCCUUCCAUGGUGCGGGGCAAUACCGAGAUCGUGAAUUUCGAUGCCCAAGAGAGCCGUGACAUAACAUUCCCAGUUACUGCAGAUUGGCCUGUGUUGAAGUUUGGAGAAGCGGAGAGAAUCUGGCGUGUCUCUCCUGCACCUCCUCACGCUUCUAACCAAUCCACAGCAGUCUUCGCAUCCCCUCAUGAGCUCUGGCUCAUUCUAGACUUGGAUAGCCGCGAGUGGGCGCGCUAUACCAAAUUCACUCUCCGGAUAUCGUGGCCGGCGUCGUCACCCGCCGAUUUCUCAAUCCAGAUAUUCUCACCUGAACUUCUCGCUAGCGUCGUCGAUGAUACUACAGCUCAGCAAUCCUUUCAGCCAUCAACCAGGCGGAAAUACGCUCGCGUCAGUCUACACGAUACAGCUGUUCGCACGCCUACCUCAAGACCAGACUCUGAAGCUCCCAGCGCGGAACCUGUUCCCUUCGUCGUGCUCCUCGAACCGUUGUAUUUUGGCGUUCUUCCAGCCUCUGUUACCCCAGUCGUAGUUCUCCUCACCUUUGUAGUGUCAUUUGCCGCAAUGGUGGUCGUUCCCUUCGUCAAUCGGUACAUAUUCGCCGUUGCUCGCCAAGCUCGGGAGGAAAUCGCCCACUUACAAGACAAACAGCAUACCUAA